AUGUCGACGUCCAACGAUGAUACCAUCUCCAUCUCCUCGAGCCAAGGCGAGCAGUCAUCCGGGUUCUCGAUCCCUCUCCCUACCAGCAGCACUUCCGCCAGCUCCUCGGACAAAGAGAACAAGCCUCCCAGAGGUCAAGCUUCUCGGCCAUCCGAUGCUCUCCCCCAGCUUGCGCGGCCGCUCCUCCCGAGCUUCGACGUUGCUCACCGCGGAUGGGAUGCGUCCAACGUGCCCACGGCCAAGUGCGACCUCUGCCACAAGCAGCGCUGUGGCACGCUGCAAAAGUGCCGUGUCUGCAAGCUCUCCAUCUGUCACGGGUGCUGCCUCGGAGACCGCCUGAAGAAUGAUCGUCGACACUCCAUUGACGUUGCGGUCGUGGAUUGGGAUGUGCAGCCCAGCCUUCGGAAAAGGCGGUUCCGUGCUAUCGAGAGCAAGCCUGAGCCGCCAAAGGGUACCAAGAGACAGAAGAUCAUCAUCAAACGACGAGUUCCGGGACGAGGGCCAAGUGGCGAGCCGUCGGCUGCCAGUGAAGCAAGGGGCAGCGCGGCUCCUCCUGGGGUGAUGCUGGAUGGGGCUUCUUCGACUCCUGACAGUGAGGUAGUAUAUCGAGCAGAAGCCGGCCAGUCCCAAUAUCGAAACUAUGGCCGCGCUGGUUCCAUGGCCUCUGCCCCUGAGCCGCGGCUUUCUGUGGCAACGGAAGCCUACCAUCCUUCUGCCGGUCGAGCUCAACAACAGGAUACAAUGCCCCCGAUAUACGAUGCCCGCUAUCUACCGGAGACAAAGAACCUCAAUCAAGCAAGACUCCCUGCCGUACGACAGAGCUACGGUGAUGACGGCCAUGGGCAAUACGGGACGUCUUCGGACGAAGACCCUUUUUAUGCAGCUCCCGCCACAAGACUGCAAUCUCAGUAUCCUGUCCCUCAUACAGAUGGUUACUCGCAAGCUGCUGCUUCUUCUCGGCCUGUCCUUCCUUCCAUCGCGUCCUUGCUCAGCGGUAGGCUCCCGAGCUUCCCACCCCAAGCCACCUCGGAGAGGUACAGCCGUUCUCAUCAACGCUUCCACAACCACGAGGACCAGCCCGUCGCCAGUGAGGCGUGGCCUCUGAACGAGUACGUCGGUUCCCUCGGUACCGGCCUCGCCAACGCAGCUCGUGCGAACCAUGCGUCGUUCGGGAAGCCGUUGGACCAGUGUCUGCGGGAUGAACUCCAGGCCGUAUGGGCGUCUCCCGACUUCAUCGGCGAGGACCGUGACGCCGGCUUCCGGUAUCGCCGUCUCCUUUCCGCGGCGUACUACGCCAAUGCUUGCCUGGGUCUGUCGCCCAGGGGAAAUGCCGCGAGGGAGUGGUUGUGCGAGGAGGAGCGGAAGUUGUGGGAUAUGGGCUACGAGUCGAUAAAGUCGGUGCCGUUGAUGGACUUUUUGCACGAGGUUGGGGUUCGCUAUCUGCGAUAG